AUGGGCGACUCCAAGGAAGAAAGGGAGAAUCAUCUGUGCUCCCCGGGGCGUCAGGACUGCCGUCAGUCCAUCAUGAUACUGCAGCUCAUCUCCCUGGUGCUCUUCUCUGCUCUCUUCAUGGCUCUCCUUGCCAAAGUUGCUGUUCCUCGUGUGCAGACACAAAAAUUGGAACAGAUCCAGCAGCAGCUGACUCAGAUCAAUGCCUCGCUGGCUGGCCUGUGCCGGCCCUGCCCCUGGGACUGGGAGCUCUUCCAGGGAAGCUGCUACCUCUUCUCCCAGACUCAGGGGACCUGGGGAGCCUCGGCCACCUCCUGCCAGAAACUUGGAGGCCACCUGGUGAUUAUCAACAGUGUUGAAGAGCAGAGAUUCAUGGAAUACUGGAAUGUGAGGAAGAAACAGCGCUCCUGGAUUGGCCUCAGUGACCACAGACUUGAAGAUUUCUGGCAGUGGGUGGAUGACACCCCUCUGCAGCUCAGCUUUUGGAAAGAAGGGGAGCCCAACAAUGAUGGGGAUGAGGACUGUGUGGAGCUAUUCCCGGAUAAGUGGAAUGAUAAUAAAUGCACUGAGCAAAACUUCUGGGUGUGUGAGCAGCCCUCAGCUCCCUGCCCUCAUCACUGAUGGUCUGUGCUUUCCCUAGGCAUACAGGCAACUUGGGGGCACUCUGCUCUAGUUCCAGCCACCUUAUUCAUCCCCAGUGUCCCUGCUCUGAGUCCUUAGGGAUUCCGAGAUAGUCCCUGAGACACCCUCCCCUGCAACUCUUCCCUCUUCUAUGGAUUAGCUCACUUUCUCUUCCCAGCCCAUGAAGACCUCAGUAGAGUCACACACACAUGUGUCUGGGCUGUACCUCAAUGACAUG